AUGGCCGAUCCGGACGCCUUCCUGCGGCAGCCCUGGCGCAUGGUGCACGGCAUCCCCAUGGUCAGCGCCUUCGCCCGCGACUGGCAGCGGAUCCGCAUCGUGGUGGUCACCUUCCCCAAAUCGGGCACCACCUGGGUCAGUGAGAUCGUGGACAUGAUCCUGAAAGGCGGUGACCACGAAAAAUGCAAGCAGGAUGCCAUCGUCAACCGAGUGCCCAUGCUGGAGUUCGCCGCCCCUGGGAAGAUGCUAGCAGGCACGGAGCAGCUGGAGGCCAUGGAGUCCCCUCGCAUAAUCAAGACCCACAUCCCAGCUCACAUCUUGCCCAAAUCCUUCUGGGAAAACCACUGCAAGAUGAUCUAUGUGGGGCGCAAUGCCAAGGAUGUGGCUGUCUCCUUCUACCACUUUGACCUGAUGAACAAGCUACACCCGCACCCUGGGACAUGGGCCCAGUACCUGGAGGAGUUCAUGGCCGGCAGAGUGGCAUACGGGUCCUGGUACGAUCAUGUCAGGGGCUACUGGGAGCGGAGGAAGGAUCACCCCAUCCUCUACCUCUUCUACGAGGACUUGAAGGAGGACCUCCGCCGGGAGAUUACCAAGGUGGCCCAGUUCCUGGGUCGGGAGCUGCCAGGGGCAGUGCUGGACACCAUCACCCGGCACACCUCCUUUGAGGCCAUGCGGGACAACCCCACCACCAACUACAGCAUGGUGCCCUCCCACCUCAUGGACCAGGGUGUCUCCCCCUUCAUGCGCAAAG